AAAGCAGGCACCGACGUUACCAACAUUUGGUUAAAAACCACAAAAUAACAGAAAAUACGUAAUUUUUGACGAACUUUUGCAUGCCGGGUUUGAAUGCUUUAGUUAUGGCAUUAAUUACACCUAAAAUGGGGCGUUAGAAUCCGCCAAGUCAGUCGAUUGGUUUGGGUUAACCUUGCAACUGUCAGUUUUGACACUUGACAGUUGUAAUUGUUUAACAACACGAAAAACGUGUUUUUUGAGUGAAUUUCGUGUUGUCUGUGUGUUUUUUGAUGCUUUGGUGCCCCCAUGGCAUCGGAGGACCAGAAACCGGUCAUCGACGCCCCCAUCAAGUCUUCAAUGGAAAUUCUCUCCGAGCUGUUCGAAAGUUUUGACGCUGAGCCCCCUUUAAUAAUCAAAAAGGAGAAAUCUGACUCCCCCUCCAGUAAAAAAAGCAAGAAAAGUAAAAAGAAGCACAAACACAAAGACAAAAAACACAAAAAGAAAGACAAGAAAAAGAAACGCGAUAGUUCCUCCAGUGACAGGUCCGAGCUUGAUUUGGCCCAAAUUUUGAUCAAACAAGAGAAGGAAUCAUCCGAGCAAAAAAUCCGAAUCGAAGGAACGGACCUGAGCCUAAAUCUCCCUGCCAUAAAAACCGAAGUAAAAAAAGAGAAAAAACUCGAAGACGGCGAAGUCCAGAGUGACUCAAACGAGGACAGAAAAGCAAAAAAACGCAAACAUCGCACCGACCAUGACGACAAAGACCGAAAAAAGCGCUCGAAAUUGAGCGAAGAGCGCGAACUGCAGCACAAAAUCGACGACUUGCGGAGCAAAAUCAAAGGCGGCCAUGAGAGUAGGCGGGAGCGGAGGCGGAGUCACAGCUACGACAGGCGGAGUCACAGCCGAGAUAGGCGGAGUCGGGAGCGGCGCAACGGACGCGAACCGUCUCACAAGGACGAUUUCUGGGGGCGUGACCGUUAUCGCCGCCACCGCUCCCCCUCCCGUGACUCCGCCCACAUUGACAAGAAGAAACUGCUCGAAAUCGCGCGCAAAAACGCCAUCCAAAUGAUGAAGUCGGGUAGUUUACCGGGAGCCCUGACCUUGGGCCCCCAGGCGCAGGAAAAAGUGAUCGCGGCGAUCAAAGCCGGCGGGAAGACAAUCGAAGAAUUGACUGAGUUUUGUAAAACUUUGUCGAAACAGGAGGCUUUGGGCGAACUGUCGAGCAAUUCGGAGGGUGGGGGGAGUGAGAGUGAUAACGAUAAGCCGUUUCAUCACCCGUUUCAGAUUAAGGAUCGGCCCACUUCGAUUACGAUGAAUAUUAAAAAUUCCGUUCCGUUGCCUAUCAAGUCGACGCAGGAGCGUACAAGUGAGUUGAGAUUACAGUUUCCUGUAAGUAGUGGACAAUUGCAUCGGAAAACGGAAGGUGAGUGGGUUCCCGUGUCGCCGAAGAAACCCGAAGUGGUGCCGAAACCGGUCGAAGCACCGGUUCAGGAGGGGCCAGGGCCGCAACCGGACCCUACGGCCGUGGAUAUUGGUUCAAUUGUUUCGCAACGUCUCACCGCCAUUCGUAAAUUACAAGAGAAUCCGAACGACGUCCAAGCCUUGACUCAAAUGUACAAAUCGAAUAAAGAGAUGCAAUCAUGGGCCCAGAGUAAGCAACAACCGGGUCAAUUCACGGGUACUACAGGUGCCCAAGUUUUGUCUCAGGCGGAGUUAUCAUCAGGUUACCAAGCGUGGGCCAAAAAGGAUCAACUAGUGACGGCCACGCCCGUUUCGGGAGGGAUGGGAAUGCACCUCCUCCAGAAAAUGGGCUGGAAGCCGGGCGAAGGCCUGGGGAAGGAGAAGACGGGGGCGCUGGAGCCCCUCCUUCUGGAGGUUAAGUUGGACAAGAAGGGGCUAGUAGCCAACGAGGAACAGAAGAAGAAGAAGAAACAAGGACAGGGGAGCACGUACACGUUGCAAAAUAAACACCCUGUAUCGCUUUUAGGGGAGUACGCGUCCAAGAAAAAGCUGGGGGCGCCCCAGUACGAUUUGUGUUUUGAGUGCGGCCCUGACCACAAGAAGAAUUUCUUAUUUAAGGUGACCUUGAACGGAGUUGAAUAUAAGCCAAAUGUCGCAAGUCCCAAUAAAAAGGAGGCCAAGGCCGCAGCUGCCUCAGUUUGUUUGCAACACUUGGGCUUAAUACAAUAAAAAAAAUUAAAAAAAAAAUGAGUUUUAUUAAAAAUAACCCUUGAAUAUCUAACACAUUCCCGCAAAAGUUCGGUGAGUACGAUAUUUCUCCAUCAGAGGGCGCCUAGUUAAUUUGGCGCGAAAUACGAAUUUCAAGUGUCAAACUGGGGGAAAGCAAAGCGCUGGCGAAAAAAUAAAUUCAUAUUGUAUUUCAAAUUAAGUAAUUACACUUACACUUUUAACACCAACUUAAAUUAAUGAAAAAAAAAACAACAA